AUGAAAGAGGACAAAGAGGCACCUGGCGACGAUCCCCGAAGCCGGCCCUCCUCGGGGCACAGGCCAAGCCUGGUUCACAGGUCAAGCCUGGUUCAGGGAUAUCUGGAUGCCUUGACCUUGGCAGCGCACGGCACAGCAUGCGGCAGAGCUGAGCAGCAGCCCACUGCUGGCAAGCCCAGAUCCGAGAGCCCGAAGAGCCCUUCACUUGGACAGACUCCACUUCGGGACCCUUCCUUUCCGAAGCCGCAGCCCGCUCAGCCUGCUCUCAAGUACUUGCAGAAUGAGAGGGAUUUGAGAGGCUUCUCACAGAAGCGCCGGCCAUCGGCGGACGUCAGGGCGAACGAGGACGCAGACUCAGUAGGGACGCCUUCGGUUAGCCCCCAGCGCACCCAGGGUGACCCAGAUGAAGAGAGCGACGGCCUUGAAGAUAGUGCUCCGAAUGCUCCGAAUGCUCUGGGUGUUUACGUGUUCAUAGACGAUGGCCUGGACGACGGCCGGCGCGAAGAGCCCGAGAAGAUGGAGGCCUCCGAGCCUGGCGCGAACCUGCACUCCGCUUGGGCCGCGGGGAAGAUGCACCAGGUCAGCCUGGAGAAUGUGGAAAGCCUUGGCCCAGAGCAUGAGCUCGCCUAUAGCCAGGGGCACCAAUCGGCCGCUUCCAUCACCAAUGCUGCCGCGAAUUCCAGGUCCCGGAAAGUUCUGGCCGAGAAGGCUCCACGACUUGGACGCGCCUUCCCGCCGGGCUGUUCUGAAGCCGAUCCAGCUGCUGCCGCGACAGACCAGAACAUCCGCGCUGCGGCGCUGCGCAAGUGGGAGAGCUGGCACUUCCGCCCGCCUACUUAUCUGCCCAGUGCUGCAGUGGAGACAGGGACUCUGCCGGAGCACGUGGAGGAGAGCUUGCGCUCCUGGCAGCUCAAUCGGCCCAGCUCUGCUCCUUGGAGGCCUACAACGCGUCCGAAAACGCCGAGGCCGGCCUUUGGUAGCGGCGCCGCUGCUCGUGGCCCUGGGUGA